AUGAUGUUCUUCUUUACCUACAUCCCCCAGAUGGCCGUCCUAGCUUUCACUAACGGGCCCCUGGCCCCAUUCUCUGCGAUCCUUCUCGUCCUCAGCGAAAGCUCCACAAUUACAAACUUCCUCUCGCGUAGUUUCAUUCUGCGAGAUUCCCUCGUUGACACGUUCGAUGGCACGCUGAUUGCUCGUGGCGACACGGAGUUAGUCUGUCAGGGCCGCAAGAUCAAGGACCCCGCAGCAUCACUAGAUCCAAUAUCACGGUUGGGAGAUAUGAUUCGCAAGCCGUUGGCGACGUUCUCGUUGUCAUCGCUGGUGAGGUCUCUUGUAUAUUUGCCGUUGAAUAUGAUUCCAGUUUUGGGAACAGUGAUGUACAUCCUUUCUCAAGGGAAAAGAUUCGGGCCGAUCUCCCUAAGGGAAGGUAUUUUCAGUUGA